AUGAAUGACCCGGCGAAUCCAAGAGCAAGAGCGAGUGUUCUAUCUAUCUCGUUCUUUGGGUGGAUGAAUAACAUGUUGAAACUAGGGAACAAGAAGUCGCUUGGUGAUCAGGAUCUCUUCCCUCUACUUGAAGACCAAAGAGCUGAACUUCUCGUGGGAAAAGCGGAAAAGUAUUGGCUCAGAGAAUUAGAAGAAAGGAAAUUAAGAAACAAGAAACCACGUCUAUGGAAAGCAUUGGUUGCCAUUAUUCCUUGGAGAUCAGCUAUGACAAUGUUAACUUUACAAGUUCUCAGGUCUCUGAGCUUUUCCCUGCUGCCAUUAUGUCUGUGGCUUUUGUUAAAAGUUUUAAACGAUGGGCCAGAACUAAACAUGAAGUUAGCGUUUUCCUAUGUGGCACUCUUAAGUGCAAUGAGUGUGGUACAAGCUGUCACAACACAACACUAUGACUACCUUACAGAGCUGUGGGGACUAAAAUUGAAAGUGGCGUUAACAGGACUUGUUUACAAGAAGGUUGUUUCAUUGGAUCGUUACAGCCUAAUAAAUACAGCAUCUGGAAACACCAUAAAUCUAGUAUCAAAUGACGCACAGAAAAUAGAGAAGUCUCUAAACCAAAUGGGCAUGGUGUUAUAUGCUCCGUUAGAGCUCGUGAUCAGAAGUGUGAUUUUGUGGUACCUGAUCGGUUGGCAAGCUCUCACUGGCACUGGUAUUUUUUACUGUCUCGUGGCGUUUCAAGUUUUAUUAGCGAGAAAAGUUGCCAGCCUAAGUGAGAAAGCAGCUUCUUUCACAGACGAGCGGCUGAUUGUGAUGAGUGAAAUUGUCUCUGGAAUACGUGCAGUAAAGAUGUAUGCCUGGGAGUGGAACUUUAGAGAUCUUGUGCGUGACCUUCGCAGAAAGGAGAUGUCCGUUUUACGCUCAAAAGGUGUGAUAGUCGCCAUCUUAGUCGUUUUGUUCUUCACAACACUUCCGAUUGCCUCUCUCAUCUCGGUGGUUACAUUGGCGUUUACGGGGAUACAGUUAUCUCUAUUUACGAUAUUUACUCUGCUUUUGGGGUUAACAACAAUCAGGGCGACAUUUUGCUACAAUUUGAGUAUGUGUAUGCAAAUGGUCGCAGAUGCAGUAGCAGCACUAAAUAGAAUUCAGAAGUUUCUUGAAGAACAGAUAUCUAACUAUGUGGCUAAACCUGAAGGAUCCCGAGAAAACGAUGAUCGGCUCUUGACAAAGCUAAGAGUGAAAGAAUAUGGGUUGGUAAAUCCUAUCUUCUCUCACCCUGAGAGCUCGAAAAGUAAUGUGUUCGUCAAGUUAACUAACUACAAGAGGCGGAAAAACUCCUCAGGCAAACCACAUCAAACAAGCAUUCAAAACUCCCCAGCCAUAAGUACUCCAACGGUCCCCUUGGAUGACACACCUUACUUGCCCCAGGAUAGACCGGUUUGGCUAGCUACUCAUGGAUCUGUUGAAGAACAUCAAGGAAAUGCCUCUCACUUUAAAAAGCUGUGCCUCUCAAUCACUAAUGUUUCUUGCUCUUGGAACCAAAAGGAUCUACCCAAUACCUUAACUGGCAUUACUUUAGACAUCAUAAGUAGCAAAAUCCUCGCUAUAAUAGGUGAAGUUGGAAGUGGAAAGUCAACCCUGUUACGAGCCGUCCUUGGAGAACUACCUCUUCACGAGGGAAAGAUUUCUUAUCAAGGAAAGAUAGCCUAUGCUCCUCAAGUACCUUGGGUAUUCUCUGGAACCAUAAGAGAGAACAUUUUGUUUGGGCUUCCAUUUGACGAGCAGAAGUUUCAACAUGUUGUAGAUGUAUGCGGUUUGAGCAAAGAUUUUACGGAUCUCGUCCAUGGCGAUCUCACAGAGAUCGGACAGCGAGGAGCGACCCUCAGUGGUGGUCAGAAAGCGCGGGUGGGAUUAGCACGGGCAGUUUAUUCAGAUGCCGAUAUUUACUUACUUGAUGAUCCAUUGAGUGCAGUGGAUACUAAAGUAGGAAAGAAACUGUUCGAGGGCUUUUUCGACACAAACCCAGCUGGUCGUAUCCUCAAUCGAUUCUCCAGAGAUAUUGGCUGCAUGGACGACGUUUUACCGCCUCGGUUCUUGGAAGCCAUCAAAUUUUCCUUAUUCUCGCUAUGUACUGUUUUGGUUCCUGUAGCAACAAACUACUGGCUUUUCUUGGCCCUACUUCCAAUCAUUGCGAUAUUUGGCUAUUAUGCGCUGAUGACAUCAGUUGAGCGAGUGAUGUCAUAUGCAAAGAUUGGCUCUGAGCCUGGUUACAGCAUUGAAACCCGCGCCCCUCAGUCAUGGCCCGACAAAGGAAGCCUGAAAAUAAAGCAACUU